CACUUGGUCUUCUCCCUUUGCCAUAUUCGUUUUCUCUGCUUCCUCUUGUUCACACCUUCCACGGGCUCUUCAAUGGCUGAGCUUCUUGGAGUCCUUACAAGUGUACUCACCGGUCCAAGCAGCCAAGUCAUCUGUUGCUCUGUAUGCAAGCUUAAACUUGCAACCUCAGUUACGGAGUGAUCAUAUCAUAUAGCUGCUGGGGAAGUCUGUUCAUGUAAUUUACUGGUGGGCAAUGCAAUGUCUUCCGUCCCUUUAGAUAUCUUCUCACAUCCAAAGACCUGUUUCCUGCUGCUGCAAAUGCAAGGGUAGAGGGCUGACACUUGCAGUAUCAGUUGGGGAACUGCCAUAUGGCUACUGCUGUGCAAACAGGGCGUGCCAUUGCUCCAACCGGCACCACAGCUACUCCAGGAGCAAGCAAUGAUGAGAUUGAAGAUAGCAACGCCCAUGGAGACAACAAUAGUGAGAUUUCCAUGGUCACUAGCAUUGGUGGUGGUGGCAGCAGUGGGCAGGACUCCAUGGACAAUCAAUCCAGGAGCUUUUCCUCUGUUGAUAGCACCAAUGAUGAUUUUGAGUUCUUGUGGAAACUGCGGAAGUAUUUGGUACUAAUUGGAAUCUUAGCUGUUGGUGUGACAUACAAUUCUGGUUUAACACCUCCCGGGGGAUUUUGGAAUACAAACAAGGAUGGCCAUCAAGCUGGCGAUCCUGUCCUUCGUGCUGAGUUCUACCAACGAUAUGAGGUAUUCUUCUACUGUAAUGCAACAGCAUUUGCUGCAUCUCUUGUCUUAAUAAUCUUGCUUCUAAGCAAGAGUGUGACCAGGCAGAAGUUAUGGCUUCGCUCGAUGCAAUUUACAAUGCUAGUGGACCUAUUCAGUCUGAUGGGGGCCUAUGCUUCUGGGAGCUGCAGGGCUCUUAAGUCAUCCAUCUACACAUGGGUUCUAGUCAUUAUUGUUUUUGCAUAUGUUUUGAUUCAUAUCCUAGUAUCCACAAGGUUUGUUCCAGAAAUAUUCAAAGAGAAGGUGAAAACAAUGGUAAAUCGAACUCUAUCCAAGUUGGGUAUAUGUGAUGUGGAAACAAAUAGUCGUCAAGAGGAAAGAAACCUUGAGGAGGCUCGCAAGUUUAUUCUGAUGCUUGUAACUUUUGCUGCCAGUGUCACAUACCAGGCAGGGUUGAAUCCACCAGGUGGCUUUUGGGCUGAAAAUGAUCAUAUCUCAGAGCACCGUCCAGCUACUCCUGUUCUUCGCAGUCACUACCUGCGCCGUUAUAAUAUCUUUGUUAGUUGUAAUUCAACCUCCUUUGUGGCAUCUUUGGUUACAAUUAUAUUACUUCUGAGUCCAGAACUGAGCAGGCAUGGAAUAAGGUCCAAAGCAGUGGUUGUUUGCGUGGUGGCGGACCUGUUGUGCCUAAUUGGUGCCUAUGCUGCUGGAUGCUGUAGGGAUGUAGCAACAUCAUUCUAUGUCAUGUUUAUUACAGUCAUUGUUUUCAUCUGCAUUGGAUUUUUAGCUGGGAUAUUUGUUUACAAACCUGUCGCAGACUGGAUAGAGAAGAUCAAAGCACACACUAUGCGGUGCAUGGGUGUGCUGGGUCGAGCACUCUCACUGAAAUCUAGGAGUAGCGGAUCAAUGAAUGCAAAGCCAGAGAGUUCUCAUGGAAGUCAUCAGAAAGAUUCAAUCCAUUCAUCUGCUGCAACAGCAGAAGACGGUAAAUGUGAUCCAGGACUCCAGACUGCAGGCAAUCAGCAAGUUUCAAAUAUCACAGAAGCAGAGUCCAGUGGGGAGUAUCCACCCGAAGGCAAUCAGAAGGUGGAAAAUACUGAGUCAGUCUCCAACUCUCAGCAUCCAUCAGACAAUAGUCCAGAAUCAACAAACACUGAGGAUCUUGUGUCCAAUCUGGAGAGUGAAUCAACAGACUGCAAGCUAGAUGCAAACACACCGGAGUCUCUGUCCAGCACAGAACAACCAUCAUCGAGCUGUCAGCAAAGGGAUGGUAUGCCUGCAGACAGCCAGCAAGUUUCAGGUAUGAACAAGCAGUCUUCAGCUGUUAACAUCAGGACUACUGAUAUGCCAGAAGAGGGCUCUUCUGAACAAAAUAUGUUAGCUGAUGACUCCAUUGAGGAUGGAAAGACUUCGUUGCCUUUGGAAGCCAGUGGUAAUGUGGAAUCUGCAGAAGAACACACUUCAACUGGAUGUACUAACCGUGAUAUUGAAAAUGGUGGCGUUAACAACAAACAAGAAGUGUCAACUGAAGAGCAUCUGGAGACGACCCGCACAUAUCUGCUUCUUCUUGCUAUUCUUGCAGUAUCUCUGACAUAUCAAUCAGGUCUGAAUCCCCCAGGUGGCUUCUGGUCAGAAAGUGAGAACAAUCAUUCAGCUGGUGAUCGCAUACUUGAGGACAGUGAGCAUCCACGCUUCAUUGCAUUCUUCUAUCUCAACGGAGUUGCAUUUGUGGCAUCUAUUGUCAUCAUCCUUAUGCUCCUGAACAAGAGUAUGAGCAAGAAGGUUACAAAACACCGCGUGUUGCUGAUAGUUAUGAUAGUGGACUUACUUUCCCUAACUGGGGCCUUUGUCAUGGGAAGCUGCAGGGAUGCAAAGAAGUCCAUUUCCACAUCAGUUUUAUUGUGUCUUGUUCUUGUUUAUGUUCUUCUUCAUGUUCUGAUAGCGAUUCAUGUGAUCCCUCCAGAGUGUAAAAGGCAGGUUACAGAUAAACUAAAGAAUUUCUCUUGUGGAAAUGUGUGGUCAGCAUUGCCUCAGUUAUGCCACAAGCAAACAGGGGAGAAAUCUAGUCCAAAGGAAUUGGAACGCAAGCGUAAUCUAUUACUGACACUUUCUAUUCUAGCUGCAACUGUCACAUACCAAGCUGGUAUCAACCCUCCAGGAGGUGUAUGGUCUGAUGAUAAAGAUGUCAGUGGCAAACCAGGAAAUCCAAUCCUUCAGGACAACCAUCGAAGGCGAUACGAUGUGUUCUACUACUCAAAUUCAGUCUCGUUUGUGUCAUCUGUUGCUAUCAUAAUACUUCUUGUGAAUAAGGAAUCCUGUGAGCAUGGAAUCAAAUCUUAUGCACUGCGAGUGUGUUUGGUGGUGGGUUUAAUUGGCCUCUUGAUUGCCUAUGCUGCAGGAAGCUGCAGGAACAGAAAGCAGUCCAUCUUUGUCACCGUCAUUGCUGUGGCUGUUCUUAUAUCCCUUGUGAUUCAAGUCCUACUAUCUUCAAUGUACGAAACGUUACAAAGACCACUGGCUAAACUUAUGGACCGUCUGCAGAAACUUGUGGAAUAUCUCCAGAGCUGGGUUUUUUGUAAUGGGAAGGGUAGGCGAGAAAUUUCUCCUUCCGAGUCACAGGAAACUAAAGAUUCUGAUGAACAAAAGAAAAGAAAGAGGCAUAAGUAUCUCAUGCUUAUUGCCACUUUAGCAGCCUCCAUCACAUACCAAGCUGGUCUGAACCCGCCUGGUGGCUUCUGGUCUGAUGAUGACAGCCAUUUUGCAGGCAAUCCACUCCUCCUUGACAUUAAUCACCUACGCUACAUGACAUUCUUCUUCUUCAAUGCUAUCUCCUUCAUGGCAUCUAUUGUUGUGAUAAUGCUUCUGCUCAGUAAAUCUAUUAGGAAGAAAGCUGUCCCACUUGAGGUAUUGCUCUUGAUUAUGAUACUGGACCUGCUGUCUCUCAUGGCAGCUUUUGCUGCGGGAAGCUGCCGGAAAUUAAGUACCUCAGUCUAUGUCUUUGUGCUAGUAGCUGGCGUAGCAAUAUAUCUUGUGGUUCUUAUUGUUCUGUCAAGAGCCAUUAAAAAAUAUCCAAGAAAGUGGAAGACAAAAGGGCUUUUCUGCUCAAGACAUACUUCUCGUGUUUCAAGCACGAACACUAGGGUACAAAGAGAGCAAGUUUGAAGAAACCUUCCCUGCAGUUCUUAAGUCAGUAUUCUUCUUCUUCGUCUUCCUUUGCUUUAGCAGGGUACAAAAAAUCCUCACCACUGUUUUUGUCUUCAAAUUUACUAGCAGGAUGGUGAUGCUGUAUGUUGAUAAACAGUCGUUUAGGAAAGUUGAAUUUGGAUUAAAGCAUGUUGACAUUUUUGUAUUGUGUAAUCCGCUGGAUACUUUUCAUGAAACAAAGUAGACCGUGGAUUUUUUUUUUCAUUAUGUUUCUGUGCUUGCAUGCAUUUUUUUUUCUCCUAUGGUAGGCCGGAUCGCCAGAUGCUGAAUGGUUUGUAGUGGCUUUAGAAACUCAUAGUAUACAUUCUCUCAUGUUAACUAAUGUUCUAGUCCCGUUU